AUGACGACCCCCAUCCCGUCCCCGCCUUCUCUGCCGUUCAUUGGCAACAUUGCUUCAAUCGACCGCGAGGUUCCUCACCGCUCCUUUGAGCUUCUCGCAGACCAGUAUGGGGAAAUAUACAAGCUUAACAUGAUCAACCGGACCACCAUCAUGGCCAACUCCUACGAGCUUCAAAACGAGCUUUCCAACGAGAAACGCUUCAAGAAGGCCGUUAUGGGCGGCCUGGUGCAGGUCCGGAACGGCACUGGGGAUGGGCUGUUUACAGCAUACAAUGAAGAAGAGAACUGGGGCAUCGCCCAUCGCCUGCUCAUGCCGUCGUUCAGCACGGCGAAGGUGCGCGACAUGUUCGACGACAUGACGGACAUCUGUGAUCAGAUGAUCAAGAAGUGGGAACGGUUCGGCCCGCGCGUGACUAUCGAGCCUGUUGAGGACUUCACGCGCCUCGCGUUUGACACCAUCACGCUCUGCGCGAUGAACUAUAGGCUCAACAACUUUUACAAGGAGUCGACGCAUCCGUUCGUCCAGUCGCUGGUCGACUUCCUCAUCGAAUGUGGCCAGCGCGCGAACAGACCGGGGCUUGUCCAAAGCAUGAUGUACGGGGCUAACGCUAAGUACGAAGCGGACAUCAAGGUCAUGGAAGACCUCUGUAACGAGAUAAUUGCGGACCGUAAGGCGAACCCUAUCGAUAAGGAUGAUCUGCUCAACACCAUGCUGAAUGGUGUCGAUAAGAAGACGGGCAAAAAGCUGCCAGACGAGUGCAUCCGAUACAACCUUCUCACGUUCCUCGUCGCGGGUCACGAAACAACAUCGGGGAUGCUCACUUUCACGCUCUAUUACCUGUGCAAGAACCCUGCGGCGAUGCGGAAGCUGCAGGAGGAGGUUGAUGAGGUGCUCGGUGACGAGCCCAUCCGACUUGAUCACAUUGGGAAGCUCAAGUACACCUCGGCGUGUCUUCGCGAGGCGCUCCGUCUCGAACCUCCGGCAACCUCGCGUGUAGUAGAGUCGCUCGAGGACACGACCGUGUGCGAUGGCAAGUACGCCCUCAAGAAGGGAGAUAAAAUCGCCAUUCUGGCGUCCCGGACACAGACUGAUCCCAAGGUCUGGGGCGAAGACUCACGCGAGUUCAAGCCCGAACGCGUCUACGGCGAGAACUUUGAGAAGCUUCCACAAAGCGCCUGGCAGCCCUUUGGGUACGGCAUGCGUGCAUGCAUCGGGCGCCCCUUCGCCUGGCAAGAGGCGCACAUCGCGCUCGCGACCAUCAUGCAGAAGUUCGACAUCGUCCUCGACGACCCCUCUUACGACCUCCAGCUGAAGCAGAUGCUCACCAUCAAGCCCAAAGGUUUUCUCAUUCACGCCAUCCCCCGCAACCGCACCACGACCCCCCUCGGAGUCGCACCGACCUCGGCCCUGGUCUCCGGGCCGCAGCAGUCGCGCGCAAAGGUCGAUGCCCCCGCCGUAGCCACAUCUGAGCUCAAGCACAAGCUCAGCGUCGUGUACGGCUCAAACACGGGCACGUCCCAGACGUUCGCUCAGCGCAUCGCGAGCGCGGCGCCCGCACAUGGUUUUGCGGCCUCGCUCGGCACGCUCGAUUCGAUUUCCGCACACGUGCCUACGGACGGCCCACUCGUCGUGGUCACCGCAUCGUUUGAGGGGGAGCCAGCAGACAAUGCGGCCCACUUCUGCGAGUGGCUGUUCAACGCCGAAGGCGCGGGCAAGAAAGAGUGCGAGGGGGUCAAGUACGCCGUGUUCGGAUGUGGAAACAAGGACUGGGUGCGCACGUUCCAGCGUGUGCCGCGGAUGAUCGACGAGAAGAUGGAGGAGCGUGGCGGGAAACGGUUGUUGGAGCGUGGAGUGGGCGACGCGCAGGCAGCGGAGUUCUUUGAGGUCUUUGACGACUGGGAGGCGAAGCUCUGGGAGACGCUUGUGAAGGAGUACGGCGUGGAGAUCGGCGACAAGGCAGCAUCUGCCGUGAGCGGUCUGUCGAUGGAGACGGUGUCCGACGGGAAGGAGAGGGCCUCGAAUCUCCGUCAAGCGGAUGCCGACCUCGGCAAGGUCGUGGAGAACCGUCUGCUCACUUCGCCAAAUGCGCUGAAUGAAAAACGGCACUUCGUCUUCGAGUUGCCCGAAGGUAUGACGUACCGCUCUGGAGACUAUUUGGCAAUCCUGCCAACCAACCCUGAGCGGGACGUUCACCGCGUCAUGGCAAGAUUUGGGCUGUCGCCUGAGCAGCAGAUCAAACUGGCUUCUGUGGGUCCGACGUCGCUCCCAGUCGACAAGCCCAUUUCCAUCUUCGCACUCCUCUCAGGCUACGUCGAGCUCUCUCAACCCGCAACCACGCGCGACCUCCGCGUUCUCAUGGCUACCGACUGUCCGCCAGAAACCAAGUCUGCGCUUGAAACGCUCCUCGCCUCAUACUCAGCCGAGAUACUCGCACGGCGCCUCAGCAUCCUGGAUCUUCUUGAAGCGCACCCGGCGCUCGCUCUGCCCUUCCCCACCUACCUUGAGCUCCUUCCCGCGAUGCGUGUCCGCCAGUACUCGAUUUCCUCCUCGCCCCUCCACGACGCGCAGCGCCCGUCGCUCACAGUCUCCGUCCUGACCGCACCCUCCCUCGCGCGUGGCGCGGACAAGGACGCGGAGCUGUUCCUCGGCGUCGCGUCCAAUUUCCUCGCGCGCCUUCGGCCCGGUGACGUCGUCCAGCUCGCCGUUCGCGCCUCCGCAGGCGGCGCGUUCCACCCCCCGGAAGACCCCGCGGUGCCGCUCGUGCUCUUUGCGGCGGGCUCGGGCCUUGCGCCGAUGCGCGGCUUCCUGCAGGAGCGCGCGCUGCAGAAGGCGGCCGGACGGGACGUGGCGAAGAGCCUGUUGUUCUUUGGUUGCCGCGCGCCUGGAGAGGACUACUUGUACAUGAGUGAGGGCGAGGAGCUGAAGAAGUGGGUGGAAGCGGGCGUUGUGGACGUGCGCCCCGCGUUCUCGCGUGCGUCGGAGGCGUCUGCGGGGUGCAAGUAUGUGCAGGAUCGCGUGUGGCACGACCGCGAAGAGGUCCAGGACAUGUUCAACAACCGUGGGGCGAAGUUCUUCACGUGUGGCUCGAGCAAGAUCGCGCAGGGGAUCAGGAAGGCGUUGACGAAGAUGAUCCAGGAGGCGCGACCUGAGUUCGACGAUGAGCGCGCGGCGGAGGCGUUCGAGAAGGUCAUUCAAGGACGAUAUGCGACCGAUAUCUUUGAGUGA